AUGCGCUUUUGCGGCAAAUAUUCACACAUUAGCAGCGUAUUUCUCAGCGUUGCAGAAGGCACAGUUGGUGACGUCUUCCCGCGACAGAGGCUGGCAUUUCUUAUGAUGUCUUACACGAGUAGCUUAUUCAUUGGGGCCGAGCUCGGACCUUUGAAAGUGGUCGUGAAAUAUGCUUUUCCGUAUCGCAAAUCAGAAUUGGAAUCUUACUCGACAGUUCCAGAGUCGUCGGUUUCAUCAAUUAGUACACCAGUUAACAUCUAUCUCCACAAAGUAAUAAUUCCUUCGGGGACUAAGCGCUGGACCUUCUAUGUGCUACUGUUCUGGGCAUCUGCGAUGCUUUUUCUGAUCUAUUUCUUGGUACCCGAACCGGUCCUCCAGUGUUGGUCCACCAAGUGCUAG